GCCGCGGGCAUCCCGCGCGCGAAGGGAAACGGAACUUCCCUGCGUGGCGAGACUGUCGCGGCGCUCGCUGCCCGUGGACCCCCUCGGGGAUCAAGCGACGCGCGAAGAGAUUCCGCCUUCCGGCCCUGCAAGACGAUCGCUGGGGGUGGGUGGAGGGGGAAAGCGCCUCCUUCCUGAAACCCCUCCCGGCCGCCUCGCUUCUUCCCAGCCCCUCCGGAAAGGAUGGGGGCCGGCGCCUUGGCCAUCUGUCAAAGUAACUCAGCGGUCAGGCUUAAAGGAGAUAUGAAAAAGGUUGCCGUCCUGCCCCCAAGCCGACAGAAGGGAUCCUGUCAUCGCCGGAGGUUGUUUGGCGUUAGUCUUCAGGAACUGCAGCACGAAGGGCUGAGCAAGUGUGGAAUCCCAACGGUGGUGUGGGAUAUUGUAGAAUAUCUGUCUUGGCACGGUCUCAAGCAAGAAGGUCUUUUCAGGGUGAAUGGUAACCUGAAAACAGUGGAACAGCUGCGCAUGAAGUACGAGGGUGGAGAUCAAGUAGAUCUCGCCACAGAGGCUGACGUAAGCUCAGCCGCCAGUUUGUUGAAGUUAUUUCUGCGGGAGCUGCCAGAUCGGGUGAUCCCUUCUACCCUUUACCCCAAAUUCAUCCAGCUUUAUGAAGCCAGCCAGAAGUGUGGUAUGGAGACUAGCGAUUUAAGAGACCUUCUGAGGCAGAUGCCCGAGACUCACUAUUGUCUCCUUAAGUAUCUUUGCCACUUCCUGAAACGGGUUGCCGAGCAUCAUUCUGAGAACAAGAUGAAUGUUUCCAACCUUGCUACUGUUUUUGGACCAAACUGUUUUUGUGUCCCACCUGGCUUCGAAGGGAUGAAGCAGCAGGAGAUGUGUAACAAAAUCAUGGUCCGCAUGCUGGAAAACUACAGUUCCUUGUUUGAAUGGGAGCAGCAGCAGAAGGAAGGAGGAUGCAAGGAGUCACCGAAAAUUAUACUGGUGAAAGAGGCUUGUUGCAAGACAUCUCCGCCAAUCUUGCUGAAGAACCUUGAGACAGAAAUGCCCAAGCCAAAGCCAAGAACAAAGAUCGUAAAGUCCAAACCAGGAAGACUGACGCCUUUAAUGCUGCAGCCGAGACUGUCAGAUGGAAUUCCUCGGGUUAGCAUCCAUUUAACGGAUAGUUUGGGUCCCAAGGAGAUGGAGUUAGCGGAUGAAAUCUUCCUAAGCAGUGCCGAGUUCUUCACCAGGGAAAUAAAAGCUUUGACAGGCGGCCGGUGCCUGCCGGGCAAAAAAGGCAAACCGUGCCGAGGGGGUGUGGUGGGGAAGGAGCAGCCAGACCCCGGCUGCAAAGAAAAGAGGCGGAAGGAAAUCAAAAGCUCCAAGCAACCAGCUCUCUCCCAAGGCUUCAACUUUUCCGGCAUGGCUUUGGAGACCGUCUCGCUGCAAAGUUCCCAAGAGGAUGAAAGGCCUUUAUCACCAUUCUAUCUGAGUGCUCACGUGUCACAAGUCAACAACAUCCCUGCUACUGGAGAAUACUUAGAAAAGACUAUCCGGACAGCUGUCGAACAACAUCUUUUUGAUGUUCAUGGCUCUAGUGGUCAAAGUUCUGAAGAAUCUGAAUCUGGAACAUCAUUAACAUCUUCCAGUGUAUCCACUGGGCAGCGCAGGCGACAUCAUAAAGAACAAGAUGAAGGCCGAAAGACCAGAGAUAGCGAGGUCAUCAACAAAGAGAAUAUUCCUUCUGGCUUCGGUAGCGUUGAAGAGUGUAUGUUAAAUGCUCAGGAAGUGGAAAAAUGCCAUGAGAACCGUUCUGGCUAUAUUGGCGAAAGAAGUAAACCAAAACGGCAGAAAUCCAGCACCAAACUGUCUGAGUUUAACGACAAUCAAGAGAGUUCUUUGGCGAUGGAAACUUUUGCUUCCUUGAGACAUGUAGAUGCAAGAGGACCAGAUGAAAUGGAGGUGUUUUCUGGAGAAGGCAAAAAUGGCAGAAAUGAGGAUGAUUUGUUAAUGCACGAUCAGAGCUCAAGUAUGAAGAUCCAGGAACAUCCCGGCGUUCCUGAAGUCAAGUUGCAGAGAAACCAAGAAAUAGAUGCCCAGGAAGACACUUUCAUAUCAGAAGUGCCUCGCCUGGACCUGUCAACUUUGUGCAGUGACAACUGGGAAGAGCCUGUCCCUGCCUUUUCUUCCUGGCAGCGUAAUGACGUAGAUUCUGAUGAAGCUCACCUCUCCCCUCAGGCUGGACGCCUCAUUCAGCAGCUUCUGGAUGAAGACACUGGCCCAAUGCUGUCCCCUCGCUUUUAUAACUAUGGGCAAAGUCAGCAGUACCUGGAUGACACAGAAGUGCCUCCUUCCCCACCCAAUUCUCAUUCAUUCAUGAGGCGAAGAAGUUCUUCUUUGGGAUCUUACGAAGAUGACAAUGAAGAUUUAACACCAGCACAAUUGACUCGCAGGAUUCAAGGACUGAAGAAAAAGAUCAGGCGGUACGAAGAUAAAUUUGAGCAGGAGAGAAAGUAUAGACCCUCUCACAGUGACAAAGCAGCUAAUCUCGAGGUGCUGAAAUGGACAAAUGACCUUGCAAAGUUUAGGAAGCAACUAAAAGAGUCAAAACUGAAAAUGUCAGAAGAUCAUCUGGCUCCUAUGACACGCCAACGUAGCAAUACACUCCCCAAAAGUUUUGGCUCUCAGCUGGAGAAGGAGGAAGAGAAACAAGAUGUCUCUGAUAAAUCAUCCAAGCCUUCAGUGGAGGCAACUUUGGAAUCCAUGGAGAAGAAGCUUCAAGAGAAAAGGACAGAAGCAAAUCGACCUGAGGAUAUUAAGGAUAUGACUCGAGAUGAGAUAGCAUCAGAGAAAGUGGCCCUUCAGAAAUCCCUCCUCUAUUACGAAAGCAUCCACGGAAGACCAGUAACAAAACACGAACGGCAAACUAUGAAGCCCCUCUAUGACAGAUACCGCUUGGUCAAGCAGAUCCUCUCAAGAGUAAACUCUAUUCCCAUUAUCGGUUCACCUUCUAGCAAGCGGAGAAGUCCUUUGCUACAGCCAAUAAUUGAAGGAGAAACUGCUUCCUUCUUCAAGGAGAUAAAGGAAGAAGAGGAUGGAUCUGAGGAUGACAGCGGUGUGAAACCAGAUUUCACCGUCACAAUAAAACCUGACUUUGGCGUACGAAGUUUUCUAGACCGACUAGAAGAUGAUGUUGAUGGUUUCAUUUCUCCAGUGGACGAUAGGAUCUCUUCGAGAAGCAGCCACGAUAUGGGCUUGUCCAAUCUUCAUGCAGCUUCUAUGCGUGAACUUGUGGAGCAGCUUCAAGAAGUCAGGGAAGAUAAAAAGAAGAUCAGAAAAAAAUUGAGAGAUUUUGAAGACAAUUUUUUCCGACAAAACGGAAGAAACGUCCAGAAAGAAGACCGGGUUCCCAUGGCUGAAGAAUAUAAUGAAUACAAGCAGGUUAAGGCCAAACUGAGGCUGUUGGAGGUCCUCAUCAGCAAAAGAGAUUUAAGCUCCAAGAUCAUGUAAUAAAGCUACGCUGGAUUUGCCACUAAUGUUAAGAUGUCAAUGCAGCCAAGUAAUACAAAGAACUCGGCAAGAGCCUAAUACCACAAAGGGCUUUCGUGGCUCUCCCUGACUGUCGUUGGCAGAAGAUGAUGGCCCGGUGUGAAGGAAGGAAGAUCCUGCAUCUUUCUUCAGACUUGUGACCUGUUCUGCCAUCCAGGCUGGCAAGACUGGAAGGGCGUUGACCCACUAAAACGACUCUGCUCCACGAGUUUCUUUUUGCUUUUCAUCAGUUGGUGGCCUGCAAUUGCUUCGACUAAAACAACACAACAACAACAACAACAAAGACCUCACUUUUUUAUCUUCUUUGGAGCAUCAAUGUAAGAAAGGUGAUCUAGUUAGAGUUCUCAUGAAUCUCCAAAAUAAUGGCCUGUAAUUUUCAGACCAAUAAAGCAAUCAGGUCUGUUCUAACAAUAGGAUGUAUUUUCUGAGACAAUUCGGAGAGGGUUGGUAGGUCCCUCUUGAAAUCUCAUCCCUGACUGCGGGGUUUUCGUGGUUAUUGUUGGUACGUAGUUCUUGUAACCAUUGCUCCAACUGAAAGUGGAAUUGCCAAUUGGUGGAGAACUGUUAAGCGUGGACUGCCUUGGCUUUUCAAUAUGGCUGCUUUUAAAAAAAAAACCAAAACACACUUUCUUACUAAUGAGCUUUUCAGAAAUGUUAUUACACAACUCCUGCAUCUGUUUAACCUGGAAGAAAGAAAACAUUGCGGAAGUGGACCUUGGAGAAAUUGGGCGUAGUUAACAGGACCCUCCGCAAGAGCAGGGAAAGGAGUAGGAUGAUCUUGGUAGCCAAGGUAUUCUGAUAUAAUGGUGGGUUUCAGACAAUGUCUGGGAAGGGUUUAUAAUACUUUAUCUUUGUCCUUGAUGUGAAGAUCGGGAAUAAUGGACAAGCAUCCUGGAAAGGUGGAAGAUUAUAAUUUGAAUUUUCUUCUGCAAUAAUGGCAUUCUCACAAUCUGCUCUUGAUUUGUGUCGGAUCGUAAUGGAAUCCAAUUUAUCGGUGCCCUGCAAUGUUUCUGAGAAUUUUCUCCUGCAUAUUAUUGUGGCAAAUGCACCGAGGUUUUUCAGCAAAACCGAUUUAAUGCAAACGAGUUCCCUGGGCUUAGAAAGCGUUCAAAUGUCCAGAGAGUGGACUUUUAAAAUGAAAUUAAUGGAAAUGACCGUUUGUCUCAUACCCUUAUAAUUUUUGUAGCCCAGAUAAGGUGGAUCCGGUACUGAUCUCGAGUAAUUUUUUUUCCCUGUUCAUGUUUAGUUGAAGAUUUGUAUGGCUUUGACGUUGGUGUAUACUUUCAAAUCUCUUGAGCAAAACGGCAGAUAGUAGAACAAUGCACUUUAGAAAGAAACAUAUAUUUUUUUAGAAAAUGGAAAACAGAUUUUUAAAAAUAAUAAUAAUAAUAAUAAUAACCAAAUCUGUACCUAAAUAAAGGAAAAAAGCAUUUCAUCUACCUGACUUUUCUGUUAUGCCAUUUUUAAAGGAAGGAAAAAUAUGUCUUAAAAACCUUCAAAUUUGCCUAGACAAGUAGGCAGCUAAUUGGAAAGUGUAUUUAUUGUAAUAGAUGCAUACCUUUUGAAGCACCAGCAUUAGGAAAUCCUCGUAUGUGUGCUUGAUACAAUGAAUAAUAUCAGCAUUUAAUAGAAAUGAUUUCCACCUCCAAAAUCAACUGAGUUAAAAAUAUAAUCAUCAAAUUCAAAACUAUUAAUUUAAGGCUCAACCAAACAACCAAAAUAAUUGAAAUUUUGGACCCAAAUGAAUGCAAUAUAGUUAAAGAUUCAAAAAUCUAAUUCUCUAGGCUUUAAAGUAGCUUUAGACUUUUUUUUUUCUCAACAAUUAGCCCAUUGUGGCACAUAAUAAGCUACUUGUGAAAGUAAAUACACUGUCAAAUGAAGAAUAAAAGGAAACUCUUUGUACUCUAAUAAUGUCCUUUAGCAUAACUCUGUAUAAAACUCCUUUUUACAAACCUGUAAUCCCUUAAUUCAAGGUAAGAGUCUGGGCAACUGGAUGGAGCUGAGCAUUUACUGGCCGAUUGCCCUUCCUGAAUGCCAUGCAAAGUUCACAGCAGUUAUUUUUGCUUUGCGCCCUAGGAAAGAAAUAUCUGCCGCUCCCUAGAAUUGAACUGUCAACCUUCCAAGUGGGAGGCCAGCAUCUUUCCCACUAGACCACCAUGCCGCUCAGCAUAACACUAUAUAUUAACCCCAAAUGUUUCAUGAAUUCACUGAAGUAUACUAUUAGCUAAGUAUGAAGAGAAUUAACAGGGGUAAUUAUUUUCAUAUUUUUAUUUUUAACAUGACCUUUCCCUUCCAAAACUAUUGUUUGUGUGAAAAGAAAGAUGAAAACAGAUUUUUAAAAAUUAUUUUUAGAGUCUAGGUUAAGAUUUUAAUCGGAAACUUAUCAAGUGAUAACUAUAAGUAAAAAUGAUGUUGAGGGUACAUUGGUGGGAUUCAAAUUUGUUUACUGUGGGCGUGGCAGGGGAAGGAUACUGUAAAAUCUCCAGUCAGAGGUGGUAUUUGCCGGUUCUCCGAACUACUCAAAAUUUCUACUACCGGUUCUCCAGAACGGGUCAGAACCUGCUGAAUACCCCCUCUGUUGAGGCGUCUGUUUCUUCUCUUUUGAAUAAUUAUGACUCUCAAGAUUCUAAAACGAUAGGCAACCCUCCAUUUUAAAACAAAGAUUAACAAUGAAACUUGCAGAUAGAAAUUAUUCCCAGAUUUAAAA